AUGGGCGCCGCGGGUUCGUCGGCUCUGGGCCGCCUCGGCCUCCCUGCGCCGUCCCGGCCCGCCUGGCUCGGGGUGGCCGCGCUGGGACUGGCCGCCGUGGCGCUGGGGACGGUCGCCUGGCGCCGCGGGCGCUGCAGGCGGCGCCGGCGGCUGCAGCAGGUGGGCACCGUGGCGCAGCUCUGGAUCUACCCGGUCAAGUCGUGCAAGGGGGUGCCGGUGAGCGCGGCGGAGUGCACGGCCUUGGGGCUGCGCUGCGGCCACCUUCGGGACAGGUUUUGGCUGGUGAUCAACGAGAAGGGGAACAUGGUGACGGCCCGGCAGGAGCCUCGGCUGGUCCUGAUUUCCCUGACUUGUGAGGGUGAUGCCCUGACCCUCAGUGCAGCCUACACGCAGGACUUGCAGUUGCCUCUCAAGACACCGGCCACGAAUGCGAUGUACAAGUGCAGAGUGCACGGCCUGGAGAUCGAGGGUAGGGACUGUGGGGAGGCUGCGGCCCAGUGGAUUACGGGCUUCUUGAAGACGCAGCCCUACCGCCUGGUGCACUUCGAGCCUCACCUGCGACCGAGAAAUUCUCACCAAAUAUUGGACGCGUUCCGGCCCACCGACCAGAUUGCGUACUCCGAUGCCAGCCCAUUCUUGAUCCUGUCUGAGGCAUCGUUGGCAGAUCUCAACUCCAGGCUGGAGAAGAAAGUUAAAGUGAUGAACUUCAGGCCCAAUAUCGUAAUUUCAGGCUGUGGUGUCUAUGCCGAGGAUUCGUGGGAUGAGCUGCUUAUUGGUGAGGUGAUAAUGAAAAGGAUAAUGGCUUGUUCCAGGUGCAUUUUAACGACGGUGGACCCAGACACCGGCGUCAUGAGCAGGAAGGAGCCGCUGGAGACCCUGAAAAGCUAUCGUCUGUGUGACCCUUCUGAGCAGAAGCUGUAUGGAAAAUCACCUCUCUUCGGGCAGUAUUUUGUUCUGGAAAGCACAGGGACCAUCAAAGUGGGAGACCCUGUGUACCUGUUGGGCCAGGAGUAGGAAUCGUGUUCUGGAAUGUCAGAUACCUUUGAAAAAAUGUCCUCAAAAAUUGCCAACACCG